AUGGAAGAUAGAAAUGAUGUUGCAGAAAUUUUAGAUAUGAGAAUUAUUGGUGGCGUACCACCAAAUAAAAAACAAACAUUAGCUAGAUUAACAAAAAGGCCUGAAUCUAUUCCUAAACAAACAGCUACUAAAUCUUUAUCACUAUCUCCUACUGUUGAUUAUACUGAUUGUAGAAUAAUUGAUGAAAAUUAUAAUAAUAUUUUGCCAGAUAUUGAUGAUGAUUUUACCCCCAAGAUUUUGCAAAAGUUGAAAUUAAAAAAAAAUCAUAAUAAUAUUUUGCCAAAUCUUGAUGAUUAUCAUGCUCAUAAGUCCCCACAAACAUCAGAAGUUUCAAAUGAUGGUAAUAAUAUUUUACCAGAUCUUGAUAAUUUCACCCAAAAGCCUUCACAAAAAUCAAAAUAUUCAAGUCAAAUUAAUAAAAAAAGUAAUCAUACUCAUAACUCUUCUUCACAAGGAUUGGAGGUUUCAGAUGAAAUUUAUAAUAAUAUUUUUUCAGACCUCGACAAUAAUUCAAUCUAUAAAGAUUCACAGAAAUCAAAAUCUUUAGUUGAAACCACUCAAAAAAGUAGCAAUCAUACUCAUAAGCUUUCUACACAAAGAUUGGAUGUUUUAGAUGUUGAUAAUAAUAUUUUUCCAGAUCUUGAUAGUUUAAUUCAUAAAUCUUUACAAAAGUUAGAAUUUUCAGAUGAAAUUACUAAAAAAAGCAAUCAUAUUCACAAGUCUUCUUCACAAAGAUUGGAUGUUUCAGACGAUGGCAAUAGUAUUUUAUCAGGUCUUGAUAAUAGUUUCAUCUAUAAAUCUUCACAGAAAUCAAAAGUUUUAGGCGAAAUCACUAGGACUAGUAAUCUUACUAAUAAACCUCCUUCACAAAGAUUGGAAGCUUUAGAUGAUGGUAAUAAUAUUUUAUCAGGUCUUGAUUAUAACUUCAUCCAUAAAUCUUCACAGAAAUCAAGAGUUUUGGGUCCAAUCACUAAAAAUAGUAAUCUCAUUCAUAAGCCUUCUUUGAAAAGAUUGGAGGCUUCAGAUGAAAAUGAUAAUAAUAUUAUUCCAGAUCUUAAUAGUUUCAUCUAUAAAUUUUCACAGAAAUGUCAAAUCACUAAAAAUAGUAAUCAUACUCAUAGGUCUUCACAAAGAUUGGAAGUUCCAGAUGAAAAUUUUAACCACAUUUUUCCAGAUCUUGACAAUAAUUUAAUCCAUAAAUAUGCACAGAAAUCAAAAUAUUCAGGCCAAGUCACUCAAAAAAGUAAUCUCACUCAUAAGCCUUCUUCACGAAGAUUGGAAGUUUUAGAUUAUGAUGAUAAUAUUUUGCCAUGUUUUGAUGAUAAUUUAAUCCAUAAAUCUUCACAAAAAUCAGGGUCUUUAGGUGAAAUCAAUAAAAAAAAUAAUCUCACUCAUAAGUCUUCUUCACAAAUAUUGGAGAUCUCAGAUGAUGAUAAUAAUCCUUUUCCAGAUCUUGAUGAUAAUUUAAUCCAUAAAUAUUCACAGAAAUCAAAAGCUUUAGAUGAAGCCACCAUAAUUGAUGUGCUAUGGGGUGGAAGCCUUUAUAAAAAAGAUCCAGGAGUAGAAGUACUAUUCCUCAGUGAAAUUGAGAUUAAUGCAUGGCCAACAUUUACUGUAGAUUUGGAAUUGAUUAGGAUGUUAGGCUUAUUAGAUGAUUUAACUCUUGAAUCUUAUGAUGCAUUAGAUUCUGUUUUUGAUGUGUUUAAAAACAGCAAUGAUGAUCAAAAAGGUUGUUCUAUGGCAAUUAUUACAGAAUAUCAUUCUAGAAGAAUUGAUGAUGAGAUAAUGUCACUUAAAUCGAAGGAAAAUGCAUUAUUUGUAACUUUAAAUGAUAGUAGAUUAUACUUCUUACCAAAUAGUGAAGAAGUCACAUCAUCACUCAACAUCCAACCUUUUUUUGAGUGCAAUUUUAUAAUAUUAAGAGUCAAUCUUCAUGAAAUUGAAAGAUUAAAAAGAUUAAAAGAAAAAAAAAUUUUAUUUGAUUUUAAUAAGCAUGAAAAUCUUUUCUCAAAAUCAUACUUUCAUUUAAUGAUGACUUUGUCUGAACAGAUGUAUGUUGUGAAUGAUAUAGCAUUUUAUAUGAGGUCUAUUGGUGCUAAAGAAGCAAGCAUUUAUGAUAAAAAUUUAAAUUUAAUACUUAUUGAUAAGCCAAUGCUAAACAAUUUAUUUAAACUUGACAAUAUUAUUGAUCUAAAAAAUAGAAAGAGCCUUAGAUUUUUUUUAUUACAUUUUAUUAAUGGUUCAUCUAAUAACGUUAUUCCAAAAGAAAUUUUAAUUUCCGGUGGAAUUAUUAUGGCUACUUUAAGAGCUCUAAUAAAUUUUGAUUCUUUGAUAUCUCACUUAAAAAAUUUUAUUAAAAAGCAUGGGAAUUGGAUGAUCAAAGUUGAUAUUAAUAUUGAAUUAAUUGUAACAGAAAGAAUUUCUUUAUUAAAUUAUAAUAAUGAAGGUUUAUUAGCUGAGAGUAAAAUGCAAUCACUUUACCAUGAGAAAUAUCGUCACUUUAUUGUGAUUGAUGAUAUCAAAGAAAAAGAAUAUGUUGAUAUUCCUGGAGUUGAAUGUUUGACAAUUGAUGAAUUUAAUCAUAAAUAUAUUUAA